GCAGAGAGAGGGGGACAGAGGAUCUGAAGUGUGCUCUGCACUGACAACAGAAACCCUGAUGCAAGGCUCGAACUGACAAACCGGGAGAUCAUGACCUGAGCUGACGUUGGACUUAAGAUUAACCAACUGAGCCACCAAGGCACCCCUAGAUUUUAUUAAAAGUGAAAAACAUCUAUUUGAAAGCAUUGGAGAGAUAUAAGAGAGAGUCUAAGGUAUUAGAGAAAAAGGAAAUAAAGAGAGGUGAGCAGCUUAAUAUAUGCAGCUACUUUCUCCCAAGAGACAUUUGAUGAUUCUGAAUAAGUUAAGUACAGAGAAGCUGAGCAGCUGAACAGGACUGUUGGCAGUCUUACAGGGGUAAGGAGACAAAAAUUGGGAUUCAAAGCUUUCCAAAAGGAGGGGAUCUGGUAAACAGCCCAGUCUUCAGCUGGGAACCUUGAGGGACUACACCCUGGUAAUAAAGCUAGCCCGAAAAUAGACAAGCACUCACAGAGACUGUAACUCAGAUAUGAAUCAAACCAAUCUCCGAUUAGACUAAGAAGUUAUACUCCUUGCUAGCUGCCUGCCAGAAGCAAAGCAAAUCCUCUUCGGAGAAAUAUGACAUCAUCCAGGCUCUCAAAUUAUUGCUACAUUUUUCAUAUGGUGUCUGGCAUUAAACAAAUAGAUGAUAACAAUAACAACAACACCAGGCAUAACAGGAGCUAGGAACAAAUGACUGAAAACCAAAAGAAAAAAAAAUGUUGUAAUUUAAACAGAUAUGUUGAAUAUAUUUUAAGAAUAAUCUAAUAAAACUUCUAGGAUUGAAAUUAAGAACUCAGAGGAAAGAUUUCAAAGCAGAUUAGACUCAACUGAAGAGAUGAUUCAUGAACUUAAAUAUAGACUAGAAAAAAAUAUGUGGACUUCACUACAAUUACAGCAGGACAAGAUUUUUAAGAAAUACCAAAAAGUGGGGCGCCUGGGUGGCGCAGUCGGUUAGGUGUCCGACUUCAGCCAGGUCACGAUCUCACGGUCUGGGAGUUCGAGCCCCGCGUCAGGCUCUGGGCUGAUGGCUCAGAGCCUGGAGCCUGUUUCCGAUUCUGUGUCUCCCUCUCUCUCUGCCCCUCCCCCAUUCAUGCUCUGUCUCUCUCUGUCCCAAAAAUAAAUAAACGUUGAAAAAAAAAAUUAAAAAAAAAAAAAAAGAAAUACCAAAAAGAAAGACUGGGAGAUAUAUGGGAUUCGGUGUAGACAUUUGUGUAAUUAGAGUCCUAGAAGAAAAGGAGAGAGAGUGUGUAGCAUAAACAAUAUUUGAAGAGCAAAUAAUCUAAGGAUUUAAAAACUGAUAAAAGCCAUAGAGGCACAGAUACAUACAAAGGAAGUUACAACUAGACCCAUCGUUGUAAAAUAGGUAAAAAACAACUAAAGACAAAAACUGUAAAUGAAGUUAGUAUAAAAAAAUAAUAAAACACAUUUUGUUCAGGGGCACAAAAUAAGACAGCCAAAUUUUCAAUAAAAACAAUGGAAGCCAAAAAAUAAUGAAAUGAUAUCUUUAAAAGGCCAAAAGAAAGGAUGUGGCUGGAGUUUGAGGUGCACAGGGCCAGUGACGCUGCAGACCUGAGACCUGAAGCAGCCUAGAGGCAGUGAAAAAUAGCCCUGAACGCCUGCAAUAAAAAAUGGCCUCUAAUAAAACUACAUUGCAAAAAGUGGGAAAGAAACAGAAAGGAAAGAGUAAAGUAGAAGAGGCAGAGCCGGAAGAAUUUGUGGUGGAGAAAGUAGUAAAUGGGAAGAUGGAGUAUUUCCUGAAGUGGAAGGGAUUUACAGAUGUUGACAAUACUUGGGAGCUUGAAGAAAAUUUAGAUUGUCCAGAGUUAAUUGAAGCAUUUCCUAAUUCUCAAAAAGCUGGUAAAGAAAAAGACGGUACAAAAAAAGACUCUUUAUCCAACAGUGAAUCUGAUGAUGGCAAAUCCAAGAAGAAAAGAGAUGCUGCUGAUAAACCAACAGGCUUUGCCAGAGGUCUUGAUCCUGAACAAAUAAUUGGUGCUGCAGACAGCAGUGGAGAAUUCACAUUUCUCAUGAAAUGGAAAAAUUCAGAAGAGGCAGAGUCGGCGUUGGCAAAGGAGGCAAAUAUGAAGCGUCUUCAAAUUAUAAUUGCAUUUUCUUUAUUUUAAAGUUCAUUUCUUUUGAGACAGAGAGAGAGAACAAGUGGGGGAAGAGCAGAGAGAGAAUCCCAAGCAGGCCCCUCACUAUCAGUGCAGAGCCCAACGCAGGGCUUGAUCUCACGAACCGUGGGAUCAUGACCCAAGUCAAAAUCAAGAGUCCACGCUUAACCAACUGAGCCACCCAGGCACCCCAAAUUGUAAUUCUUUUUUAUGAGCCAUCCAGGCACCCCAAAUUGUAAUUCUUUUUUAUGAGCCACCCAGGCACCCCAAAUUGUAAUUCUUUUUUAUGAAGAGAGAUUAACUUGUCAUUCUUGUCUAGAAGAUGAAGCUCAAUGAUAUAUCAUUUGGGGGAGUUGUUAGGGAUUUUUUGCAUCUCUAGCACUGGUUACUUUGAAUAAAUAAAAGCUUCCUAUAGUUGCUUCCUUUAUCAGAAAAGAAUAUUUGAGACCAUGGUAUAUUAUUCCCCUGCAUUAGAGAGCACCUUUUCUUAAUGCUGGGGGAAAUCUUCAUAGUUGGUACUCAACCAGAAUUUGUGUUUAAUUCCUACAUGCCUAAGGACCAUUCUGGGCUUUUUGUUUAUUUGGUUUUUUUUGGUGUGUGUGAGUGUAUACAUAAAAAUACAUACAUAAAUGGUUUUCUUUGUAAAAAAAAAAACAUUCACCCAAACAAAAGCAGAAUUUCAUGACCAUGGAUAAGCCCAUGUUUCUGGGAUGCCGUCAUUUUCAGCAACCUAAGAUAUAAAUCACUUAAAGUAAAUUGAAAUUUUUCUUGAACAGGCCUUAACUUUUAAAAUUUCAUAAUUAAUUGGACAAUUUAAAUAUACCAUAAACAAUUUAAAUUGGGCAAUUUAAAAGUAGCCAUAUCAGAAUCCAUAUCCAUAUCUAUAGUCAUAUAAA